CCAGCAAAGUGCUGACUCCGGUCUAAGCCAACGGGCUGUUCAGGCAGUGAGCCCGUUUAAGGCUUUGGAGUUACUUAACGUACUGAAAGGUUGUUCUUUAUGUUGCUACUGUAUCGAGUGUAUUAACGUCAGAUUAGGGUUCGUGUGAGGUGCGCGGAAAACAGAAAGUCUCACCAUGGCCAGCGACGCGGUUCUGACGCCUGUAAGCGUCGCCAGGGACGAUAUCUACUUUUUGAACCUACGCAUCGACCCACGUGUGAAGGAUUACAUGUUUGUUGGCAAUGCAUGGUUCCCUAUAAUUGUGUGUGGUUCGUACCUUUGGUUUGUGUACAAAGGAGGUCCUGCUUUCAUGCAGAACCGUAAACCAUACGAUCUCCGUCGGGUUAUCCAAAUCCAUAAUCUAUUUAUGGUAGUGACCAACAUAUUUUUCUUUUACAAGUUUAUCACAAAUUCAUACUUGGCCAAUUACAGCCUGCUCUGUCAAGGCAUGACCUAUGCCACGGACCACAACUCGAUGGAAAUCGUCCACUAUGGCUACUGGUAUCUGAUGCUUCGCAUACUGGACUUUUUGGAUACGGUCUUCUUUGUGCUCCGGAAGAAGUUUGAUCAUGUUUCCUUUCAUCACGUAUCCCAUCACUUCUGCUGUGUGUUCUCCGGUCACCUGUGGGUAACACUUGGCAUGGACGGACAUACGUUGGCUGGUCUUUGCCUCAACUCGUGCAUUCACAUAUUCAUGUACUUCUACUAUUUUCUGGCUUCUUUGGGACCUAAGAUCGAAAAAUACCUCUGGUGGAAAAAGUACCUUACGAAAGCUCAAAUCUACCAGCAUAUCUUCCUCGUUCUCCACGGACUGAUUCCAGUUUUCUACGACUGCGGAUACCCCAAGUUUUUCAUCUAUCUCGCCGUGCCUCAAGGCUUAUUAGGACUAGUUCUAUUCCUUAAUUUUUACGUAGCUUCUUACUCGAGAAAGCGUCAGCAUGCUAACGCUACUAGUGCAGCAAAAGCGAACGGACAUACCGAGACCGAAGACUGUCAACGAAUGGAACAAAGGGUGAUGGAGAAGGAAAUCGGUUUGAAGAAAGAUAGAUAGGAUAAUCGCAUGAACGUUUGCCGAAGUGGCAAGUUCGAAUUGAACUUUUAUUUUAGUCUGAUUGCAACGAUAUCGUGGCCGCAUGUCGCCACUUUGAUGCAACGCUCUGCCCAUUUUUUGGCUCGAUCGAUACCGACCUCUGUUGCGUUCAGCAUAUAUUACUUGCUUAUCUAGUUCAAGCGGACGACAGACAGUCUCAAAAUAGAACUACCGUGAGUGUCCAAUGCUGUCUAUAAUGUUGAGAUCAAACAAUUGUGAUGUAGAUAAAAAGAAUAAAGAUAUAUUAUUUAAAUCCUAUAAAUUCAUGCUGAAACCGCUUGAUUUUCUGCAAACUAUGCCCAAACCAAGGUCUGCAUACCUAAGCGCCUUGUCGCUGACAUCUCGCCUCCAAUACUGGAUUUGGCUUUUUCAGCAAAGGAACAACUUGAUCAUAUCCUUCAGAUAGUAGGUUUACUUCAUAUAGAAAAAGUCAGAUUAGCUUAACACCUCCGAAUCGUUAUUUUGUUUUUCGUCAAAAGCGCUACGCACCAGGAUAGCUUCUGCCGCUACUAUUGCUACGGAGACUACCAGCACUACACUGUUGUAGGCAAUUUUCUUGUUAGAUCUGUACCUCUAAACGAACCGAGGUCAGAUACUGUGUACGUAUCAGUCAAGUCAAUCAGUGAGUUUAUUAGUCAGGUACAACGUGUAAUGAUAGAUCUGGCAAGGAGAUGAGAUGCAAAGCAGAGAUCUAAUGAAAAAAUCGUAUCAACUCAAGAAAACCCAUUUUUCCUGCUGGGCGCCAGCUUUCACAAGGGCGUCAUCGUGGGUCGCGCAUCAUACAGCAUCAGUUUUGACGUAUUAGCAAUCGCAUUCAACCCUCUACAUGUAAGCACGACAUUACCGUGCUGUGUGACAGCUAACAGGGUGGACAGUCAUUGUUAUGGCCAUGUCACGAAGGUUUUCGGAACAAUUUCUUGUGUAACUACACCCUUCGGAAAUAUCCGGCAGCCAAUACCAUGACCGCCCGUAUAUGCUCGUGGCUACCGUUGGCUAUUGUGGACAAAAUAAAAUGCCGCGGAUCUACAAGUGGAUCGAAAGAUCGAGCUAGUUGGGAUAGUAAACAACUGAACAAUUGAAAGAGAUUUGCCCUUCUCUGUUUAGCAACGUACGAUUCUUUGAUUGUUCCUGCUUUUCAGCAUUAGCAUCAAGGCAGUCAUGACCAGAGGAUGGGGUAUAGCCAAAAAUUAGCCACCGAAAACAGCAUAACUUGUUUGUACGCUAUUUAAUAGCAAGGUCGUGCUAAGCAUCAGCUUUAAACGUUAGAUGUUCCUGUUUGUUCCCAUGUGUCCAUUAUUUAAUCAAUAUGGCUGAUAAAUUUUACGUGAUUGAAAAACUUGAGUGUGUUCAAUUGAUAGAUAUCAAGUGAUUCAUAGAAACGGAUGUAAUCAUUGUAUUUGCAAAUUUCAAAUCAAGCUUGCAUCAAAUGUUCUGAGCUGACGUAGCCGAAACAUUGCUCUUUAUCACUCAUAACGGUUGAGAAGCGGUGACGUAAGCGGGCGCUACCAUAAAAUGAGAUAGUCUACAUAUGCGCAUAGUUUAUCCUAUCGCAGGAUCUAAAAGUAAGCGAUUCUUAUAAACCUACUACAAGUACGCGCUUAUGUAUAUAUAUAUAUAUAUAUGUCUUAUAUCAUAUGUCUGAAGAGAAUAGUCAUGGAUCAACAAAAGCACAAUUUGUCCAUGCUAGACUGAUUUCAGAUGAGGACCUUGCAUCUUCAUCGUGUUUUUACAAAGGCAUUGUCUUGUUUUUCUGGCAAUAUCAUUUUGUAUAUAUUCGGAUGUUGAUUGUUGUAAAUCUUCUUUGAAAGCUGUAAGCAUGAUAAUCAUCACAUAUCGUUGAGACAACGGUAGCUAUACACAUAAAAAGCAAAAUUUUAAACACAGUAGUUUUACAAAGCUUACAAAAGGACAGAUGAGCCUUUGCAUAUUUUCGAGCAAACGCACGCCAUCAAAAAUGUUGUAAAAUAGCAAUAAUAGACCUUCUGGACAAGUAAGCAGGCACAAGAUCGACGUCGACUGUCGUGUGCUCCGUGGGAAGCAGACCACAGACUCUGAGCUCACGAUUCUCGUAUGCUGCUCUAUAACACCCCAAUCAACAGUAAAACAAAAUCAAGAAAAAGCUCAUUUUAGAAAGAAAAAGCGUUUAUACACCUGUUGUGGUCAUCAUAGCAUGUAGAACUUUACCGCUAAGCGCCAACGGAAGAUAAACAACAAUGCCGGGGGUAGAAUUUAUUACGUCACGUACCCAAUAAGAGCAGACAGCGAUCCUUAGUUCCGCCUGGUAAACUGUAGCAAUCAUCAUUUUCAUAUUUUGACCAUUUACAGUGUGCUUAUUUGCCGUGCGGCUUCAAGUGGAGUAUCUAGAUAAUAAGGGGCUAAUAAAAUCGGUCACGGUUAUAUAGUUUCAUAUAUCGUUAUAUGGACAAUUCACCCUUCAUAAUAAUCAGCAGCUUUAAAAGUUACCACAACCAAUAAAAAGCAAUGGUAACAGCAUGGUAUUUGGCUGGCCAAAUGUCCGUCCCUUCUUGUCUGCCUCUAAAAGCAUGUAUUGCGUUUCUAAGCUUCGUACCGGAUCGGAUUGUAAUUAUCCCAUCGUAUCGUAAGGGUAACUUUCGAAAUGCCUGUAGAGUACGAGGCUAGUUAGUGUAAAUGUAUCACAUAAAUGCCCAAAGCAGCAUCUCUUUUGCUUUUGUGUAUUAAUUUUUUUAAAAUUUGUUCUAUUCAACGUGCCGAGCGUCGACCGUAAUGUUACCAUGAAGCUUAGCGAAUUUACAGGUGUGGAAUCAUUACGCCUAAAGGUGCUGCUCUGUGAAACAGAAUAUAUAUAUAUAUAUAUAUAUACAUUUGAUGUCGUAUAAAAAAUGGAGGUGUGGCUGAAAGUUUCAUGUGAUACACAUAUAUAUUCAAUAUAAUCGAAGAAGUUUCA